AUGCGCAUCUCAACUCUUACUGCCCUCCUUGCGGCACCUCCAGCCAUUAUUGCAAGCACUCUGCCGAAAGGAAGACCCUUCUGUCCCGUAGUCAAGGCAAUAGUGACGGCCGCCCGGGAGCAAAAAGUAGCGACAGCAUUCUGCUCUUCGUAUUUGAGCAUUUCGGCCUCGACAAAGACGACCACGAUUGGAGGCGGGUUGACACGGAGCACAUCGACCGUGCAAGCACCAGCCGUAACCGAUACCAUUACCUUACCGGCCGUCACGACCACGGAGACUGUGGCCGCGAGCACAACUACCACUACUUUCACCGAUGUAGCCUACUCAACAACGUCCACAGCUACUGAGACUACAACAACCUUCACCACGACCCUCACCGCUUGUAAUGCUCCACAAACGACCACAGUCGAAAAGCGUACAGCGAAGAAACCAAGGCCGACCUGUUUGGCAUCCUACAAUUCAAAGCUGCUCUCCUCUGCCUGCAGCUGUCUUUCGAUUUGCCCUUCGACGACUGCCGUGACAAUCACUGGCACCCCAAGCACAACUAUUGUAACCUCGACCGUAACGCCUACUUCAACAUCCGUAGUGACGCUCGCUAUCACAACCGUAACUCUACCUCCAGGACCAGUCGUCACGGCCUCAACCACCACGACCAUAACCACUGCCUCAACUACAACAAUCCAAACCUCGGCGUCAACCCUGGUACCUCCAGACCCCCAAACCCAACGCUUCUACCUCCAAGCCCUCGGCGGACCCCUGAACGGCCGUCAAGUAGGCUUCGACAGCCGUCCCAAAGGCCGGUCAACGACACCCUACUGGUACUGUAACGGAGUUCAAUGCCCUCCGGGUACUUUCCUCACCAAUGCAGCCGGCAAUCUGGUGCUCCAGACUACCGUCAAUGCAGGUCACUAUCUCGAUGUAUACAGAACCGAUCCCGCUGCGGGAGCGUAUGGAGAAAUGUMGUUCAAUGACCCUGCGACAAGAGAUACGAGGGGCGUUCUUGUAAACUGCCAGGUGCAAGCGAAGGAGGACUCUACCUGUCCGGUAAGCUGUAGCUGGMCGGGUGGGAAUAUCAACCAACUGAGGAGUCCGUCUAAUGCUGGAUUCUGGCAGCUGACGAAUGUGGGGAGUGACUUAUUUGUGCCCUAUGCCGUCAGUGUCAAUCCCAAUCCAUAG